GUAGAAAGAAAGCAUGAAGCUACUAACUUAGCAAAACUAUGGAGUUAUCAGAAAUUAUUGUCCAGAAACGACCGGCGAUCGUCUAUCCUUAAACGUCCCGUUACAGGCGACCGUAGAAUUUGAGGAUAGUUCAAAGGUUCCAUUUUUAUCUCCACAUUGUUGCUGGAAGUACGAUUUCAGUUGACCAAGACUGCAUCCAAUGAUUGAGACAACUAUGUUGGGGCCUAAUGAGAAGUCUAAAGUCAAUCAAUCAAUUCAGGUGCCCAAUGGAAGUUCUUCUCAGCCUCUAAGGGGUGGUGGUGGUCUGGCAUGUAUGAUAAAUUCAGAAAUAUGUGCAGUUUUGGCUGUGAUGAGGAGAAAUGUAAGAUGGGGAGUCCAAUACAUGGCAGAUGAUGAUCACCUAGAGCAUCCUCUUAUUUUUUCUCUUAAGGAGUUGCGUAGAAUGAUAUUUUCAUGGAGAAAUCAGUGGGACAACAUUUCUCCUCUUCUAUUCCUCCAACCAUUUUUGGAUGUGAUCCAGUCUGAUGAAACUGGUGCACCUAUAACCGGGGUUGCUUUGUCGUCAAUAUACAAAAUUUUAAUCAUCGACUUCCUUGAUAUAAAUACACUAAAAGUAGAUGAAGCUUUGAGUAAGAUAAUUGACACUGUGACAAGCUGCAGAUUUGAGGUGACGGAUCCUGCUUCUGAAGAAGUUGUGCUUAUGAAAAUACUUCAGGUCCUACUGGCUUGCAUGAAAAGCAAAGCCUCAUCUAAAUUAAGCGAUCAGAAUGUGUGCAACAUUGUAAACACCUGCUUCCGUGUAGUCCAUCAAGCUAGCUCUAAAGGUGAAUUACUGCAGAGAACUGCACGCCACACAAUGCAUGAAUUGGUUAGGUGCAUCUUUUCAAAUUUACCUUGUAUUGAGAUUGGAGAAGAUGAGUUAUCUGAUGUGGGCAGGUCACAUGGCCACGAGGCACAUCAACAGGAUGGUUAUGCUGCUGGGGGUGAUCUAUUGGGUAAUGGUUACGUCAUUUUGGGAAGGGGUGGGGAAUUACCAUCUGAUGAAUUUACCUCAAAUGGGUCCAAUGAUGAAUUAGGAAAUCGAACUGCUAAAUGUACAAGCGAAAUGGGUCAAGAUAAUGAAGCUUCUCAAGUUACAUGCCCUGUUACAGUGGAGGCGUAUGGUGUCCCAUGCAUGGUCGAAAUAUUUCAUUUUCUAUGUUCUCUGUUAAAUGUUGUGGCGAGCAUAGGAUUUGGUCCUCAAUCAAAUCCUAUAGCGUAUGAUGAAGAUGUCCCUCUCUUUGCUUUGGGUUUAAUCAACUCUGCUAUAGAAUUGGGUGGGUCAUCCUUUGGCCGUCACCCAAAGUUGUUGGCCUUGAUUCAGGAUGAACUUUUUCUGAACCUCAUGCAGUUUGGGUUGUCAAUGAGUCCUCUUAUUCUUUCAACAGUUUGUAGUAUUGUUCUCAAUCUGUAUUAUCACCUGCGCAAAGAACUUAAACUACAACUUGAAGACUUUUUCUCAUGCGUGCUCUUGAAGAUUUUGCAAAGUAAGCAUGGAGCUUCAUACCAUCUCCAGGAGGUUGCUAUGGAGACACUUGUCGACCUUUGUAGACAUCCAUAUUUCAUUGCUGAGAUGUAUAGCAACUUUGAUUGCAACAUAUCAUCUACCAACUUAUUUGAAGACAUUGUUAAUCUUCUGUCUAAGAGUGCAUUCCCUGUGAAUGGUCCUUUGUCUUCUAUACAUAUUCUUGCUUUCAAUGGCUUGAUUUCUAUAAUUAGAGAUAUGAAUGGAAGAUUGACCAAUGAAUCUCCAAUUCCAGAGAAAAUUUCAUCUGACAUAAGGGAGUAUAAAUCAUUCUGGACAGUGGCAUGUGAGAAUUAUGAUGACAUUGAUCACUUGGUUCCAUAUCUACGUAACAUGAAAUAUAUCAAGAGAAGGUUAAUGAUUGGAGCCGAUCACUUCAACAGGGAUCCAAAAAAUGGUCUAGAGUUUCUCCAAGCUGUGCAUUUGUUGCCUGACAAACUUGAUCCUAUAAGUGUUGCAUGUUUUUUCAGAUACACAAGUGGUUUGGACAAGAAUCUUGUUGGCGACUUCCUAGGCAACCAUGAUGAUUUUUCCAUUCAAGUGUUACAUGAAUUUGCAAGAACUUUUGAUUUUAGGGACAUGCAAUUGGAUAUCGCUUUGCGUGUUUUCUUAGAAACUUUCAGACUACCCGGCGAAUCACAAAAGAUACAGAGGGUGCUUGAGGCAUUUGCCGAAAGAUAUUAUGAACACGCACAAAAUAUUCUAGCCAACAAAGAUGCUGCCUUGUUGUUAUCAUAUUCACUUAUACUGCUCAAUACAGAUCAACACAAUUCACAGGUCAAGAAGAAGAUGACUGAAGAAGAUUUCAUCCGUAACAAUAGGAGAAUUAAUGGUGGAAAUGACCUUCCUCGAGAUUACCUGUCUGAGCUCUAUCACUCAAUCUGUCAGAACGAAAUCAAGCUGAUCUUAGAGCAAGGUAGUAGUGGUAGUCUUCCUGUUACUACACGAAGCAAUUCAUUUGGUUUGAUAUACAAAUCCAAGCAAACUGCCCCAUUUAUUUCCUGUGAUUCCCUGUCGCGUCUGGACUAUGAUAUGUUUACUAUCCUUUCUGGUCCCACAAUUGCUGCUAUCUCGGUUGUCUUUGAUCAGGCCGAGCAUGAACAUGUUCUGAAAACUUGUGUUGAAGGUUUCUUGGAUGUUGCUAAAAUUGCAGCCUGUUACCAUCUAGAGGAAGUCUUGGAUGAUUUGGUUAUAUCUAUAUGUAAAUUCACAAACCACUUGCAUUCUUUGUCCCCGGAGGAGCUUAUCCUUUCUUUUGCAAAAGAAGAUACUAAGGCUAGGAUGGCCACUGUAGCAGUUUUCACCAUAGCAAACCGUUAUGGAGACUAUCUCCGUACUUCUUGGAAGAAUAUCCUUGAUUGUAUUUUAAUCUUGCACAGGCUGGGAUUUCUCUCGACUCGUCUACUUAAUGAUGCAGUCGAUGACAUGGACUCUUCUUCUUCUUCUUCACUCUCUGUUCCUCCACGGAAAUCAUCUGGUUUGAUGGGACGGUUUAGUCAACUCUUGUAUCUUGAUAAAGAGGAGCCAUCGCCACAACCGAGCGAAGAAGAACUUGCAACCCAUAGGUCUAUUAUCAAGGUGAUUCAAGAAUGCCAUAUAGAUAGCAUAUUUGCUGAAAGCAAAUUUCUGCAAUCUGAAUCGCUCUUACAGCUCGCUCAGGCUCUGAUCUUUGCUGCUAGCCGGCGUCGUAAGGGUGAUAAUAAUCUUCUAGAAGACGAAUCGGAUGCUGUCUUCUGUCUUGAAUUAUUAAUCACAGUCACAUUGAAUAACCGGGACAGAAUUAUGCUUCUUUGGCAGUGUGUUUAUGAACACAUAGCUAAUAUUGUCCAGUCAACUUCAUUGCCCUGUCCUUUGGUGGAAAAGGCUGUUUUGGGGCUACUGAAAAUAUGUCAUCGGCUGCUUCCAUACAAGGAAGACCUAACCGAUGAGCUUCUCAAGUCACUGCAGCUUGUAUUGAAGCUCGAUGCUCGGGUAGCAGACGCGUAUUGUGAACAGAUAACCCAGGAAGUUUUGCAUCUGGUGAAAGCAAACGCAAUUCAGAUCAAGUCUAACGUAGGUUGGCGAACGAUAACUUCCCUUGUCUCCAUUACUGCACGCCACCCAGAAGCAUCCGAACCGGGGUUCGAAACGCUCGCGUUUAUUAUGUCGGAUGGGGCCCAUUUGUCGCCGGCGAAUUACAUUCUCUGUAUUAAUGCCGCUAGACAGUUUGCCGAGUCUCGUGUUGGUAAUGUGGAUCGGUCUGUCAGAUCGUUAGAUCUGAUGGGAGGCUCUGUUUUCUGUCUAGCGAAAUGGUGUGGUGCUUCUUCUGAUGAUGAAGAAGGUUUAGGAAUAGGGGAGAUGUGGUUGAGGCUGGUGCAGGGGGUGAGGAAAGUAUGUUUGGAUCAAAGAGAAGAAGUUAGAAACCAUGCUAUAUUAAUGUUGCAGAUGAGUUUGAUUGGAGCAGAUGGGAUUCGUCUCUCUGGGGAGGUAUGGUGGAUGUGUUUUGAUCUGGUGAUAUUUAAAUUGCUUGACGAUUUAUUAGAAAUUGCGGAAGAACAUUCUCCAAAGGAUUACAGGGACAUGGAAACGUCACUGUCACUGUCGGUGAAGCUAAUGUCGAAAGUGCUGCUGCGGUUCUUGGAGGAUUUGUGGCAGUUGAAGUCUUUUGCGAAUCUGUGGACAGGGGUUCUUAACCGAAUGGAGAAAUUGAUGAAGAUGAAAUUGAGAGGAAAGAAGAAGGGGGAGAAUUUGCAGGAAUUGGUUCGGGAGGUUCUGAAGAACAUUCUCGUGGAAAUGAAGUCUAGUGGAAUACUUGCAUCACCCAUGGCUGCAGACACUAAAGGUGGGGACGAGAGUUUGUGGCAGUUGACUUGGUUGCAUAUGAAGAAGAUAGAUCCAGUAUUGCAAGAGCAAGUGUUUUCUGGUAAUGAAUUGGAGCAGUUGAAACACAUGAAAACGGGUUCCAGUCUAGUAACAAAGGAUCAUCUUUUGGUUGCAUCAGGUGAGACUACUACAGCUUGAUAAUUUUAGUGGAAAUUUUCCACUAAGUUGCAUUUUAAGUAUAUAAAAGUGUAGACAGACCUGUAUCCCAAUUUAAAAACGUUCUAUAGAAAGUCUACUUAUACCAUUGUAUAAAUUCUGGGCCAGUUUUCAGAACUACCGAUGGCAUAAACUACAUAUAUAUCAUACAAACUUAUUUUUA